AUGUCUUCCUCCGAAGCUGCUGCUGCCCGGCCCUCCAGCGGCAACGGCGCUGUCCAGCCGCGCGCCGAGCUCGACGUCUCGAAGCUUCAUGCGCUCCCCUCCGAGCAGCAGGACCUCUACCUCCUUACCUACACCUCAGACCUCGUCCAGUAUACGGUGACGCUGGACAAGGAGACGCUAUGCGCACAGCAGAAUUUUAUUAAGCAGGAACUAUUUAAAAUCCUCCGCCUGGUGUCUCCAGUGCCAACUCGGGUCAUUCGAAAUGGCAUUGGCCGCUGCUUCAGUGCCGUGUUUUCCAAGGGGAAUAGAGCGACUCUUUUUGAUACCGUCACCGAGCUGAUAGGGAUUCUUAAUGCCGGUAAGAACGAAGUGGAUUUGAAGACGAAGUUUGCUGCUGUGGUGGCCUUAGGGGAUAUAUUUGCCGCUGCGGGUGACGGCGCGGUGGGACUGUCCAGUGCCGUGUGCUCAGCUAUCCUCAAGGCCCUAAAGUUAGCGCAGAACAACGCAGGGCUACGAUAUUGUGUGUUCGUUUCUUUGAAAAAAGUGGUAGCAGGAAUUGGAUCGCCAAUUGAUGAGGCUACGGCUCGCGAUAUAUGGAAAUAUGCUCGAAAUGCGGCCCUCAGUGACAAGGCAUACAAUGUCCAAGUUGGAUCAUGCGUGUGCCUUCAGGAGCUAGUCAAGUCAACGCCAUAUUUUAGGAAUAGCAAUGAUUAUGAGCACUUGAAGACCACUCUAUGGAAAGUCAUGGAUAGCUCUGUUGCCUCGGUGAGGCAUGGAGCGGCAGGUUGUCUUGCAACUUUCUUGGUGAAAGCUCACUCCAGCAUGCCUACCUUGAGUAGGAAGCCUACCGCUCUUCGGACAAAAAAGCCAUUGAAAAGACAGCCUACGGAUCCCGUGGAUGGCGAUAUUAUAGAGAGGACCCAAUCUCCAUCAGGCCGCAAAGCUGACAGCUCGCUAUCUUUUAAGAUGGAGGACCUUCUAGCACAACUUUCAAGCCAUUAUUGUAAAUCAUCAACAGGGAAUCGUGCCAGAGCCGCAAUUGCAGUUUGCUACGAACUCCUUCUCAAGGAAUUUGGUGGGCAGGUAGUCGAGGACUAUUAUACGGAGAUUGCGGACCACUUACUCGUCACUCUUUUGAACCACCAAACUGUGGCAUAUAGUCGAUAUCGCCUCCUUUUAACUCGGAAAUUUGUGAAACAUAUCCUGGAAGACGUACUAGGGCGAGAAAUGUUACGUGAAAGCAGUCAGUUGACUGCGGUCAAAUGGAUUUCCAAUAACAUCCUCAAAGACUAUCCCCAAGUGGUCCCGGAGCGUCGAGAGCCCAGCAAAUAUACUCUCAUAAGUGCUGUCAGUGCGCUCUCUUCUCUUAUCGAAUCCCUGGGGUCUGCUGCAGCAACUGUUGCCGAAACAUGCCGUGAAGCGUUGCUCCAAAGUCUUCAACAUCCAAGCUUCAGCGUCCAAGUUCAUAUUGCACAUUGCAUGCGUAAUUUUGUCGUGGCAUGCCCUCAGCAACUUCUCUCAUGCGUGACAAUAUGCAUGAACAGUUUAACUAGGGAACUCGGUCAAUUGUCGUCAAUCCGCAUGUCCGCGUCUCGCUGUCUGGGCUACGCACAUGCUCUCUCCGCUAUGUUAAGCACAUCCCGACUUCAGCCCCUAUACGGAUCCGUUGACGUUUAUGCCAAAGUCUUAUCACAAGCUACUGACCUUCUCAAGACAAGUGGUGAUUCGGAGCUUCGAGUUGCCAGCACUCAAAUACAGGUCGCCUGGAUUCUAAUCGGCGGCUUGAUGCCAUUAGGACCGAAUUUUACAAAGAUACAUCUCUCGCAGCUUCUUUUGCUAUGGAAAAAUGCCUUGUCGCCAAUAGCAAAGGAAACCCUUGCCAAGCGCGGCCCUCUGGAAAUGAGCUUUCUAGCCCACGUCAAAGAAUGUGCAUUGAGCUCGAUACUGGUCUUCUUGGAAUAUAAUAGUAAACUUGUCACCUUGGAUGGAUUGAAGAGGAUUGCCAUGAUGCUUCAGGGCACUGUAUCGUUCUUGGAGCACCUCCCUAAGUUGAAAUCUGUCGAAGAUAUUUCCCAAAGAUUAUCCCCAUCACUUCAACUUGCAGACUAUGCAACAUUGGUUCGACGGCGAGUUCUACAAUGUUUUACCAAGUUAGUCAACUUAAGCCAUCUUAACCCUAUGGAUAAUCUUCCUCUUUCUGGCAUCUUAGGUCUAGCGAUUUCCUGUUUUGCCGACCCAGAUGUCAUCUCCGCGAACCCCUUAGAGACAUCUAUUGCUGCUUCCACUGCAAAUUUCGAUACCUUAUGGGAUCUAGACGAUAAUUUCGGGUUUGGUGUUACGGGCUUUGUUCGCAAAUUUAUGCCCGGUGAACCAAAACCUGGUCCUUUCGCUAACACGAGCGUAACCGAAGCCACUGGCCAUCCAAUUGACUCUUGUUUGACCACGCCGAUGUGCCAUGCAAGGGAACAUGAUUCCAUAUUGCUUUACUAUGCCAAAAAUCUUAAUGCAGAUUAUCUUCCUGACCCUCCUCCAACCGAAGUUGUCAAUUCCGCCAUUGAGUUAUUCUCUGUUACUCUCCCAUUACAGAACCCAAAGGUCCAGGAAAGCAGUGUUGAGCAAAUUGCAACAAUGCUGUCAUCACAUAGUCUCAAUCGAAACCCUGGCCGCAAAGCAGCCAUGACCGCCAAUAUUGCUAUUGCUCUCUUAUAUACACUUCGGGUUUCCGUAAACGAAACUCCGUAUCUCCCUGGGAACUUGAAACAUGUUGCAGUUGAAAAGCUUUUCCAGGAGCUGAUACAGAAUUUCAUAAUAAGCCCUGAUUAUAUCAUCCGAAAAAUCGGAUUUGAAGGACUUGGCCGUUUAUGCAACAGCUCCGGGAAUGCAUAUACAAACUCGGAAAUAAAUAGACUUGUUGAUGUCAUUGUUGAAAAUCGUGAUCCGCAUGCCCGUGCUGGAUGUGCAGCUGCGCUAGGCUCCAUACAUGCUCAAGUAGGGGGGAUGGCAGCAGGGUUCCAUUUGAAGACUAUUGUUGGUGUCCUAAUGUCACUAUGCAAUGAUCCUCACCCUGUUGUUCAUUUCUGGGCUUUAGAUGGCUUGGUUCGUGUGAUAGACUCCGCAGGCCUAACCUUUUCAGCCUACGUAUCUGGAGCAUUCGGAAUGCUGGCUCGUCUAUAUGUUGCAGAUACCCAUAACCAUGAAGCACCAACUGUCGGAACAUCAAACUUUGAAGCUGAAUUCUCGACACCGUUAGCAAUUGGUCGGUGCGUUGAUGCUCUCGUUAAUGUAGUUGGACCAGACCUCAGAGAUGUUACAAAAACGAGAGAUCUGGUGUUCACUAUAGUCAAAGAGUUUCAGCUGGAACGCGAUGCUCCUCUAAUAAAUGUGAGCUCUCAGUGUCUUGACCACCUGUCGCUGUAUGCACCACAAUAUAUGGAUUUCUCAGGCUACGUGCAAUGGCUUCAAAAGGAGUUGGCCUCAACAGACAAACAGGUGAAACAAGCUGCAGUUUAUGGCCUUAGCAAUCUUAUGAAAAGAGAUGCCAAUCGUGUUUUACAGACUGCAUCGUCAACUUUUGAAGAUGAACUAUGGAUCGCAAUCGAUAACGACCCAGGAAAUCAACUUCUCAGGGAUAUUAUUGUAAACUGGCUUCAGCAGACCGGACUAACAAAUACAAAAAUGUGGAUCGAGAGGUGCCAAAAGGUCCUAACGAAAACCAGGUCCAAACGUGAUGAAGCCUCCUCGCCUCCCCCUGUCACUACUGCUGCCCCCAGUGCUGAUCUCCCCGAUGAAGAAGUUGCUGGGUUUGCUACGGCUGUUGCCGGAGAGAGCAGAGAAGCCAAUGAUACAUCCACCGGUGGACAAGAGCUACUCAAAUGGCAGACUCGGAACUUCGUCGUUGGGUGUCUUAGUGAACUUCUGACGAUGGUUCAGGGUGAGAUCUUACCGGACCAGACUAUCCCAGCUGAAGCUGCAUUGCAGGAAAAAGUCGGGGAUAUCGUUCGGAUGGCAUUUUCUGCUUCUACAGCAAAUGUUAUUGACCUACGAAUCUGGGGGCUGAAGAUUUUGGACCAAGUUCUUAAGUUAUUUGGGCGAACCCCUGACCCCGACUUUGCUGAAGCAUCUCUGCUUGAGCAGUAUCAAGCCCAGAUUGCAUCUGCAUUAACCCCUGCGUUUGCUGCAGAUUCAUCUCCAGAGCUUGUUUCUGAGGCUAUCAACGUUUGUGCUACGUUCGUCGGAACCGGAAUAGUCACUAGUGUUGAAAGAAUGGGCCGCAUCUUCAAGCUUCUUGUUGUUGGACUUGAGAACUUUGCUAAUAAGCCGGACAUGACGGAGAUCGGAGAUCUCAAAGGCCUCAACUCCAACGCGCGAGUUAUGGCAAAACUAGCCUUGUAUUCCGCAUGGGCGCGACUGCAAAUUUCUAGCAGUGAACAGGCAUAUCUUGUAGAUAUAGUAUCCCCGUACACGGCUAUGCUAACUCCACUCUGGCUCUCCUCCCUUCAGGAGUUUGCACGCUUAAGAUUUGAGCCGGAGAUAUCUAGUACCAUGGGAUCCGUCAGUUUAUCGGACAGUCCAGAUGAUAUAUAUUCAGCUCUUAACCGAGAGAUUCUACUCAAGUUCUACCAAGAUUCUUGGUUGAAUUUCGUUGAUGCUAUUGCCAGUCUCGUUGAGAAAGACAGCGAUUUUGUGUUCGAUGCCCUAAACGGAAAACAGGAUCUUCAAAGAACUGAAAGCAACAAGGGUGUCCCAAUUCAAAGCGGCGAAAUAAAAGCCAAAGGCAAUCAGAUCAACUACCGCGACGAACCGGUUGCCUUCUUUUUUGUCCUCUUUGGACUGGCAUUUGACGCUUUGGUUAGCCACAGCUGUACGCCAGCCCAAACGCUCGAUAUCCUUCAGGCUCUGCAAAAAAUACUACAUCCUUCUGUUGCCGGCAACGCAGUUUACCAGGAGACCAUCUUCUCGGAAACCAUUGACACUUUGAACAGGAUGGUAAUGACAGAAAACUUAUCCAUACAAUCUGUCAUAGUCCAGAUUGUUCGAAGUCUCUCCCUUCAUCAUCCAUCUGCAACACGAGAUAGCUCAUCCACAGAGCACCUAUCGGAUGAUAUUGAACAGUUGUUUGAGCUAACACGCAAUAUCAUACUUGUUAUUGCAGGUGUACUACCGAAUCUUGGGGAGUCAUCGCCGAAAUCCCGAUCCGAAGCAUCUGAAGAAUCAAUAUCCCUAAUUCAGCAUUCUCUCUCUUCUUUGGUGGAUAUUACGUCCGUGUUUCCAUCCAUUAUUCGGGACGAUCUACAUACUUGCAUAAUGCACAUAUUCACCACAGUUUUCGCUACCGGUAGUUGCCAGGCAGAAAUAGUUCCUAAAAUUCUCCCAAUCUUCAAACGCUUCCUUCAAAAGCUCUGUCAUCCGAACGAACCUCAAAAUCAAGAGCCAACUCCCCAGGGACCGGAGGCUUUAAGUGUUAGUCGCCAAGUCCGAGGUUGUUUGGCACGGUUCUUGGGUAUACUUGCUGUUGCACAACGACGAGAAUCAGACACUUCUCUUCCUUGUGCCAAAAAUACUCUACUUGGUAUUACGAUUCUCCUGACAAGUGCCGGUUCUGUAAUUCAACCCCAAGACCCAUUGAUAUCUCAAGCAAUGCAAGAGUUACUUGAUUGUUUGCAGGAUCUAGGACUUGGAACCGUUGCGGCUGGCUGUGUCCGCUCCCUCCUUUUAAACCCCGGCAUCCGCUCCGCUACCGACGACAUGAUAGCUCGCACAAUCUUCCCUAGGCUCCUAGCGUUUGUGACAGAGACGCCAAUGGGGAAUAAUAAUGAACCCCCAAUUGACCCGGAGAACAUGAAAUCCAAUAUCACCCAAGCUCUGGUGUCUUUCGUGGGAUCACCGGGAAUUGCGAAAACUGCCAUUCCCGCUGCAAUGGCAUUAUUGAUUCCAGCCCUUCUGGCGCGCGCUAAACGCGAAGGGGCCAGCGUCUAUCAGGAGACUGCAACGAGGCUAUUAGAGCUUGCGAAGGUAGAUCAAACGGCUUUCAGGGGCUUUGCUACCAAUAUGGAGCAAGAGUCAAAGGGUCUCUUGGAGGAGAUCCUGAAGACGGUUGGACAAAAAGAAGAUGCCAAUAAACGACACGAUCAGGGUCACGAGAGAAACGCACCGACUAUCGCCUUACGCAUGGAUUUUUAG